AUGGAAGCGUUAGCACUGCUGACGGACGCCGGACAUAGUCUUCUCGCACGAUACCGCAGGACACAGAACAGCGGGGAUAUUGAACAAUCCAUAAAGCACUUUGAACGAGCCUUGAAUCUCUGCCCCAUGGAUCAUCCCUACCACCCUGCAGCACUGUUCAAUCUGGCCACGGCAAAGUUUGUUAGUUGCCAAGCUGACGGAAGAUACCUCGACCUCGACAUUCUUAUCUCUCAUUUUCAAAAGGCCCUUGAGUUGCGUGCAACUGAUCAUCCGGAUCGAAGCGCCACACAGCUCCAUCUUGCCAUCGCUUUGCUCUCGCGAAUUGAACCUGGUGCCUUAGAUGAAGUGAUAUCCCUUCAUUAUGAUGCCUUGGGAUUCUACAACACCGGGAAUGCUAGCCAAGGGCAAUUGCUGGGCAAUCUGUCUCUAAUGCUGGCAACUCGCUUCCAGCGUCGAGGCAACGACGAAGACUUGGAUCAGGCCAUCGCACUUAACAGAGAAGUGCUGGCUUUGCACCCGGUUGGUCACACAGAUCGGUACAUGUCAUUAAGCAACCUCGCUCACCGAGGCAACGAUGAAGACUUGGAUGAGGCUAUCGCACUUCAGAGAGAAGCGCUGGCUUUGUGCCAGGUCGGUCACACAGAUCGGUCUGGGUUAUUAAACAACCUCGCUCACCGAGGCAACGACGAAGACUUGGAUCAGACUAUCGCACUUCACAGAGAAGCGCUGGCUUUGCACCCGGUCGGUCACACAUAUCGGUCUGGGUCAUUAAACAAUCUUGCUCUUCAACUCUCCUCCCACUUUAAGCACCGAGGCAACGACGAAGACUUGGAUCAGGCUAUCGCACUUCACAGAGAAGCGCUGGCUUUGCGCCCGGUCGGUCACAUAGAUCGGUCCAUGUCAUUAAACAACCUCGCUCUUCAACUCUCCUCCCGCUUUAAGCACCGAGGCAACGACAAAGACUUGGAUGAGGCUAUCGCACUUCACAGAGAAGCGCUGGCUUUGCGCCCGGUCAGUCACACAGAUCGGUCCAUGUCAUUAAAUGACCUCGCUCUUCAACUCUCCUCCCGCUUUCAGCACCAAGGCAACGACGAAGACUUGGAUGAGGCUAUUUCACUUCACAGAGAAGCGCUGACUUUGCGCCCGGUCGGUCACACGGAUCGGUCCAUAUCAUUAAACAACCUCGCUCUUCAACUCUCCUCCCGCUCUCAGCACCGAGGCAACGAUGAAGACUUGGAUGAGGCUAUUGCACUUCACAGAGAAGCGCUGGCUUUGCACCCGGUCGGUCACACAGAUCGGUCCUCGUCAUUAAACAACCUCGCUAUUCAACUCUCCUACCGCUUUCAGCACCGAGGCAACGACAAAGACUUGGAUCAGGCUAUCGCACUUCAGAGAGAAGCGCUUGCUUUGCUCCCAGUUGGUCACACAGAUCGGUCCUCGUCAUUAAACAACCUCGCUAUUCAACUCUCCUCCCGCUUUGAGCACCGAGGCAACGACGAAGACUUGGAUGAGGCUAUCGCACUUCACAGAGAAGCGCUGGCUUUGCUCCCGGUCGGUCACACAGAUCGGUCUGGGUCAUUAAACAACCUCGCGAAUCAUCUCUCCUCCCGCUUUCAGAACCGAGGCAAUGACGAAGACCUCAAUGAGGCUUGCCGGCACCGCUUGCUAUCCCGCCUGCGAAGAAGUCUGCGUUGGGUGCGCCAUGCUAGUGAACAUUCACAUGGCACUCAACUGGAGGCUUAUGUGACCUCUAUGCAACUCCUGGACGCUUACAUGUCUGUGACGGCCUCUGUGUCGUCUCGUCAUGAUGUCAUGAAGGAAUUCCCCAGCACGCUUGCUGUGGAUGCUGCGUCAUGUGCCCUUCGCAGUGGCGAUGCGCGUCGCGCUAUUGAGCUGUUGGAGCAAGGCAGGACUAUCAUUUGGACCCAGAUGGCGCGACUCCGCACGCCUCUUGAUAGCCUCGAGACUUGCGGCGAUCAUGCAGUGACCCUGAUGAAGAAAUUCAGAGACCUCAGCUCCCUCCUCAAUAAGCCUCCUGCGAGUCAUUCAGAAGGCGCCUCAAGAGUUGUUGUAGAAGCAGAAGAAACUCGAUACAGACGUCUAGUGGAGGAAUGGAAUGGAACUGUAGAAGAGAUCCGGAAGAUCGAGGGCUUCUCUCGCUUCCUGCUUCCCCCUCUAUCGUCUUGUGAUGCCAUCAUUAUCCCGCACGAACAAGAUCCUACUAGCAUUCAACUCCCUACCAAUUUGGAAAAACUCAUAGAAUUGGUACUCAGAUUCCGAGAGGCAGUUGACAAAGAUCCCGAUCCCGAUGGGAAGCAACGAGCGCUGAUGGGGGCUUUGACAGAGUUGUGGGACAUUGUUGUCCAGCCAGUGGUCGAAAAUCUGGGCAGAAUUGUACGGCAAGGUUCUCGGAUAUGGUGGUGUCCGACGUCUAUCUUCAAUUUCUUGCCAUUGCACGCUGCUGGUAGAUACAAGAAGGACGGAGGGUCCCUUUCACGGCUCUAUAUUUCUUCAUACACCCCAUCGCUCACCGCGCUGAUCAAGGCUCGCGCGAGUCAUGAUAGGUCCCCGUUGGUGCCCUUUGUUGCUAUUGGUCAAAAUCACCCAGCCGGUGCCUUAUUCACUUUGGAUGCUGUGGAGCCUGAGCUGGAAUUGGUGCGCAGACUCAUGCCCCCUCCCCCAACUGUUUCAUUCUCCAAGAUAACCAGUGUCGAUGCCACAAAAUCGACAGCACUGCGCGCAUUGCAAGACAAUACCUGGUUCCAUCUUGCAUGUCACGGGACGCAGAGAUUUGACGAACCCUUCCAGUCGGCCUUUCUUAUGCAGGACCAACCGCUUUCGCUCCUCGAUAUCGCACAAAUGGAUAUGUCUCGGCAUCAAUUUGCAUUCCUUUCUGCCUGUGAAACCGCAGUCGGUGACUUCAGAACUCCCGACGAAGUGAUACACCUAGCAGCUGGCCUGCAGUUUGCCGGGGUUAAGAGUGUCGUUGGGACGUUAUGGAAGGUCGAUGACAGCACUGUGCAGCGUUUUGUUGAGAAGUUUUACAAAAACUUGUGCGGGGAUGGCACGAUGGAUUCCAAACGAGCUGCCCAAGCAUUGCACCGAGCGGUUCAGUCGUUAGCUAGCGAUAGGGUCAUUCAAGUUCCCUUGGCCCAGCGCAUAGUGUUCGUGCAUAUCGGCAUAUGA